CUGCUGCAGCAUUGCAGUGAUUCGUUCCCACAUUUGGGGAAGGUCACGUUAUAGCGAACCGGGAGCUGCCUGCCUGCUGAUAUUGUACUGCGCAAAACCCAUAGUCCGGAUUUGUGCCUGACGUCAUGGGUAGCCACCAUUAGAUUCGUUCUUUGACAAUUGGAGCACGGAGAGUCCAAGCAAAGAUAGCCAUCAGCAUCCCCGCACGGCCUUACAAACGGGAGAGAACAAACAGAAAAGAUGUCGAGUGGACCGUUAUACGGCGCUACAUAGGGAGAUACCUCGUUUUCCUCCUCAAAGCGGCCCCCGAAAAGCGCUGCAGUGGAGAGGAGAAUGCGUCGCUAAGUGAAAGGAUACAAAGCUUUGCUGUUAAAGGGACGCAGUUGUUGCUUUUCUGCCUCUAAACAAAUAGUGACAGUCCCACGGGGCUUUGGAUAAAGCAAUAACAACAACUAAUCCCCAGAACGAGCACAACAACUAGGCUACGGCUGCUAACGGCAGGGAACCAAGGACAUAAACCAAGAAUAACAAUGGAAACGGCAGCAGGAACUGGUUUAAGUUAAAGACAAUAGAGUUUUUUGAGAAUAGCGAAUGUUUUCUUGGUAUGUACGUUAAUUUGAGAUUUUAUAUUCUGUGGAAAUGGGAGCUUUGACCAGCAGACAAAAUGCAGGAGUGGAAGAGGUCGAUGUACCGUCCAACUCGGUGUACCGCUAUCCACCGAAAUCUGGAAGCUACUUUGCCAACCACUUCAUCAUGGGCGGGGAGAAGUUUGACUCCACCCACCCCGAGGGAUACCUGUUCGGAGAGAACACUGACCUCAACUUCCUGGGAAUCAGACCAGUGGCGUUUCCCUAUGCGGCCCCGCCUCCUCAGGAGCCAGUAAAGACGCUACGAAGCCUUAUAAACAUCCGUAAAGAUACAUUAAGGCUCGUACGGUGUAGUGAGGACCUGAAACUGCCAGGGGAGGACGUGGCAGCGAAAAGCAAAGCCUGUUACAACAUAGAGUUCACCUUCGACGCUGACACACAGGUGGCCAUCACCAUCUACUAUCAAGCUAUAGAGGAAUUCCACAACGGAGUGCCUAUCUACAUUCCCCAGGACAGCUCUCUCCAGUCAGAGACGGUGCACUUUAAGAGAGGAGUCUGUCAGCAGUUCUGUCUGCCCUCCCACUCCAUCAAUCUGUCAGAGUGGGCCGAUGAGGAGUUGCUGUUUGACAUGGAUAAGGAUGUGUUUCCCAUGGUUGUUCAAGCGACAGUAGACGAGGGGGAAGAUCACAUGGGUCACUCCCAUGUCCUCCUGGCCACCUUUGAGAAGCACAUGGAUGGGAGCUACUGUGUCAAACCUCUGAAACAGAAACAAGUGGUGGAUGGGGUGAGUUACCUUCUUCAGGAGAUCUACGGCAUCGAGAACAAGUACAACAGCCAAGAAUCAAAGGUUGCGGAUGAUGAGAUCAGUGAUAACAGUGCGGAGUGUGUGGUGUGUCUGUCGGACGUCCGAGACACACUCAUCCUGCCCUGCAGACACCUGUGUCUCUGUAAUGCCUGCGCCGACACUCUCCGCUACCAGGCCAACUGCUGCCCCAUCUGCAGACUGCCGUUCCGGGCCCUGCUGCAGAUCCGAGCCAUGAGGAAGAAGCUGAGUCCUCUCUCUCCUGCCGGGUUUAACCCCGUUAUCACCUCCCAGACCUCCGACUCAGAGGAACACUCGGCGUCAGACCACAUCCCCCCAGGUUAUGAGGCCGUGUCUCUCCUGGAGGCUCUGAACGGGCCCCUGAGCGUGUCUCCCUCGGCUCCCCCUCUGCAGGAACUCUCUGGGGGCCACGUCUCGGGGACCCUGCCCCACUAUAGCAGUGAGCCCCACCCCGCCCCGGCACGCUCCAUGUCCCCCCUGGACCACUCCAACUCCAGCCAGGGACUCAAACUGAAGAAGAGCGGCUCCAAGUCUCUCUCCCAGAAUUCUUCGGUGCUGCCCGAGGAGGAGGACGAGAAGUCAGAACGCAGUGAAUCAGAAGUUCAGGCCUGCCGCCGGAAACAACAGCCGGAGAGUGGUGUAACUCCAGAGAGUGAGAAUCUGACUCUAUCCUCGUCUGGAGCCAUCGACCAGUCCUCCUGUACUGGGACACCUUUCUCCUCCACCAUCACCUCCCCUGAAGACCAAGUGAGCAGUAGCCUGGCCCAGUCAGUCAUGUCCAUGGCUUCGUCCCACAGCCAUCACUCUCAGAUCAGCACUGACACCCUGUCUUCCAUGUCUGGCUCCUACCUGGCUGGGCCGGAGGGGGAGGUAGAGGGGGAGGAGGGGAGAGAAGCAGAGGGGGAGGAGAACCAGGAUGCACCCAUGGAGAGCCGGGGACCCUCACAGCAGGAUGGGGAAGUGAGACGGGGGAGAGAAGGGAGAACAGGGGUGGAGAGAGAGCUACCCAUGGAACCAAAAGAACAGAACUUCUCAGUCGCUGUGUCAGACGAGCAGGAUUCAGAGGGAAAUGAUGUCACAGAGGAAGACUGCCCCUCCCCUUCCCACGAGCAGGGUGGGCGGAGCAGGUGUCCAGAGUUGGCCAAUAACAAUCAGGGCGUCGCCCUCUGCGACACGCACUGUUUGGGGGGGCUGGACAAUGAGCAGGUUCCCGACUGCCGAUUCGCCGGUCUGAUGUAUCUGGGAGGCUAUAGGCCAGUGUUGGAGCCUCUCCCCCACCACGCCUCAACCAGUAAUAUCAACCUGGAGGAGCAGGGGGCGGAGACUAGGGAUGGCCAGAGUCCCAAACAAACACCUCACACACCACGCCGCGGACCACUCAUAGUGUAACACGCACACACCCGUACAAUUCCGACCUCAGUGUCAUAACAGCACAGACUGAUAUUUUAGCCAUUUUACGCAACCUCAUGAUUACGCAGUAGACCUUCCUCCCUGCAUCUCCUCACCUAAUCAACCAACGCCCAUGUCCUGAGGCAGUGUCCUCACUGAACCGUCCUGCAUCUCUCCUCACUCAACCGUCCUGCACCUCUCCUUGCUCUGGACAAUAGAUGAGAAGCAUCUAUCUCAGUUGCUAAAUCUAAAUCUGACAGGAAAAUCUUGAAGAGGAUUUAACCUAUCCACAGUCCAAAAAGGAGACUGCUAGAGUUAGACCCUUCUCCCCCUCAAUGUGUCAUAAUGGCUUUCUUGUGUUUCGUGUCAUUGGUAGACCUUUGGGACUCCUCCCCUUGCCUCUACCAACCAACCAAUCAGGGGUUAGUGUGAUCUGCAAUCUAAUUAAUAUUCAUGUAUUUCUGUUUGACCUUCUAACGAGUGGUCGAACACUAUAAAAACAACAGUUAGCUUCACUAGACGACCAAACUGGAUUGUACUGGACUCACCAGCUCCAGUCCAUGAACCAGUAGACUCUGGCCCUGGUUUUGCAUGCAGCUCUUUUAUGUCUCCAAUCAGCCCUACUGUACUCAACUGUGAUCUAUCCUGAAUGGGACUUGCCUCGUUAGCUAAGAAACUGGACAUGCUGGUGAAAGGAGGAUUUGAUCCAAAAUGGCGGUGGUAGAUGGAUGCUGAACUGUAAAGAAGACAGAGUGGAGACCCUGAGAAUGUACGAUGCCGAUGGAGGAUGUGUAACACUCAGAGGAGAAUGUAACGUAAUGAUUUGUUUUGGGGUUAUUAACUGUAGAAGAAUGACCUCUGAACUUUGAACUACCACCUGUGUCCCUUGCACACCUUUCCUAACGCACACACCAGAUUAUCUCAGUCUGACUCACUGGUGUAAAGAGCUUUACCACAAAGACACUAAAGCAAUACAGAACCUGUACCUGUAAACAAGUAACACACAUCACCCUACAAAAACACCUGUGCUGUUCGAUAGACAAACCUGAACCUUCUCAUUUUGUGAAACCCUUUAGUUAGUUUAAUUUUCUAUUAUAUUGUUUUUAGUGUAUGCUCUACUGUUAAUGUCGUCACAUGUUCUGUGUUUUAUUUGUUUGAACAAAAAUGUGUUGCUCAUUACGUGGAUGAUAUGUGAAAUUAAUAAUUGUAUUUGAGAAGAAAAAAAAACUACAUAAAAAAAACGGGAUGAUGACACCAACAUGGAAUGCACUUCUUGCUGUUACCCAGGCAACACACUUUGCAGUGCAUGAGGCGAUUGUAGAGUAAAGCAUGGUAGUCUAUGUCAGUCUCCACCCCUGUAGAGUACCCACAGUGGUAUGCUCCACAGAUCCUCACACCCCUAAAGAGUACCCAUAGUGGUACACCCCUCUGACCUUUCUGUUUUGUCACAUUGUCUCCAAAUGACACCCUAUUCCCUGUAUAGUGCACUACUUUGACUAGAACCCAAUUCCCUGUAUUGUGCACUACAUUUGACCAGAGCCUUAUUCCCUUUUAAGUGAAGGUAGCGAGCCAUAUGGGACAAUAGGGUGACAUUUGAGAUGCAUAGAUAGUCUAUAAGAUACACUACAGAUGCUCUCUUCCUUAUCCUCAACUACAGGCUUGGCUACAGCUGUUAGCUAGUGUUCACACCGUCAGCUCAUACACCCCUACCUGUAUCCCUCUCACCUACAGUAUACUGGACCAUGGGUCACUUUUGUAGAAUGCUGAUUGAAAAUGUCAACUGCAAGAAAAAAAAUAAAGUUUUUCGAACUAAAGUCCUUUACCAUU